UCGACAUUCGUGAUUUCAUAUCUAAAAAAGGCGCCAAAAUUCUCCCCCCUAAUACUUCCCUUUCUACUUCAUAAACCCUAAAUUUCCUCUCUGUCGCAAUUCGCACAAUUGAACCAUGAAGCGUCAACAAUCUAUACUAUCAUUCCUCCAGAAACGUCCACCGGUGCCUGAAAAUGAACAACCGGUUACCGGCGGAGCUCCGAUCAGCUACACGGCGGCGGUUUCUAACGAAAAACUUACACCUAGAACUUUAUUCGCAUCUAAUCGGUCUAGUAUUCACUCUUUUGCGGUCGAAACAUCCGACGAAAUCAGAGGAACGGAUACUCCGCCGGAGAAAGAGCAACGGCCGUUUUUUCCGUUGAAGUCGGUUGCCGCCGGUGAAGAUGACGGAGCUAACCGGAGCGGACAGUCUAUGUUUUCGAGUAUUAAGCAUAAGUUUAUGAAACCUAACAGUGCUGAGAAGCUUCGUGAUAGGAACUUGUCAGAUGGCAGUAACGAUAGUGUUAACUUGACAUCUAACAAAUAUAGUUGCUCAAAUGGAAGAGAUAAGGAUAGUUCAUUUCCAGUUUUUCCAAAAAUGGAAAAUGUUAUUGAUGUAGAGGAAACUGUUUGUAAAGGUAAUAAAGGAUAUCCAUUCGUUAUAGAAAGUGAGGGCGAUAUAACGGGGCCGGAAACACCAGGAACACAACCAUUGGUUUCACGUUUGAAGCGAGUUCAAGAAGAUAGUUGUAACCUGGGGUCUAGUACCACUGCUACUGCUAAUUUCUCAAUGGGAAAUAUCAAAAGAGAAACACCAGGAACACAACCAUUGGUCCCACGUGUGAAGCGAGUUCAAGAAGAUAGUUGUAACUUAGGGUCUACUGCUACCGAUACGACUAAUUUUUUUAUGGGAAAUAGCAAACGAGUGAAAUUUUCUCAUGAUAUACUGGCGGAAAAUAAGAAAGAUGAUGUGGCGUCUGAAAUGGCUAGUAAGUUUGAGUGGCUUCAUCCCUCCAAAAUUAAAGAUGCUAAUGGAAGAAGGCCAGACAAUCCUCUUUAUGAUAAGAGAACACUUUAUAUACCGCCUGAUGUUUUCAAGAAGAUGUCAGCAUCUCAGAAACAAUAUUGGAGUGUCAAAAGUCAGUACAUGGAUGUUCUUAUUUUCUUCAAAGUGGGAAAGUUCUAUGAGCUUUAUGAACUAGAUGCUGAAAUCGGACAUAAAGAGCUUGAUUGGAAAAUAACAAUGAGUGGUGUUGGAAAGUGCCGACAGGUUGGUAUCACCGAGCAUGCAAUUGAUGAUGCUAUUGAAAAGCUUCUUGCUCGUAUGUAUAAAGUUGGGAGAGUUGAGCAGUUGGAAACAGCAGAUCAAGCAAAAUCAAGAGGCAAUUCUUCUGUAAUUCAAAGAAAAUUGGUACAGGUGCUUACACCAUCAACGUUGAUUCAUGGUAAUAUUGGGCCUCAAGCUGUUCACCUUCUUUCUCUAAAGGAGGGUACACGUGAUCCUGCUGACGGUACAACUGCAUUUGGAUUUGCCUUUGUCGACUGUGCCUCUUUACAGUUCUGGAUUGGAUCCGUCACUGAUGAUGCUUCCUGUGCGGCUUUAGGGGCUUUAUUGAUGCAGGUGUCACCUGCAGAAGUUAUUUAUGAAAGUCAAGGGUUGUCUAAAGAGACUCAGAAAGCCCUUAACAAAUAUUCAAUGAUGGGUUCUGCUGUCUCACAAUUGACUCCAGCCCAACCUUUCACUGACUUUGUUGAUUCUUCUGAAGUUCGAAACGUUUUCCAAUUGAAUGGGUACUUUAAAGGUUCCUCCAAUGUGUGGGACCGUGCACUUGAUGAAGUGGUUCACCAGGAUAUUGCAUUAUACGCUCUUGGUGGACUUACAAAUCAUUUAUCCAGGUUAAAGUUAGAUGAUGCAUUACGAAAUGGAAGUAUUCAUCCCUAUGAAGUCUACAGAGGAUGCCUUAGAAUGGACGGGCAGACAAUGGCUAAUCUUGAAAUAUUCAGUAAUAAUGCAGAUGGUGGAACAUCAGGAACACUGUACAAAUAUCUGGACAACUGUGUGACAUUAUCCGGUAAAGGGCUCUUAAGGAGGUGGAUAUGUCAUCCACUGAAAGAGGUAGAGGAUAUUAACCGAAGGCUUAACGUGGUUGAAGAACUGAUGGGACAUGUAGAGAUAACAGCUCUAAUUGCACAAUAUCUUAAAAAGCUUCCACACUUGGAGAGAUUUCUUGGACAAAUUAAAGCUACUUUAAAGUCAUCUGCUUUACUCUUAUUGCCCUUGAUUGGCAACAAAAUAUUGAAGCAACGAGUGAAAGCAUUUGGAUCGCUUGUUAAAGGUCUUCGUGUUGGACUGGACUUAUUAAUGCUUUUACAAAAAGAAGAUAGUGUGUUUUCGCUAUUCUCAAAAAUAUUUAGUCUUCCAAUGCUAAGUGGGACUGAUGGUCUUGAUAAGUUUCUUACCCAAUUCGAAGCAGCUAUUGACAGUGAUUUCCCAAAUUAUCAGGCACAUGAACUUAAGGACUCUGAUGCUGAAAUACUAUCAAUUCUCAUCGAGUUAUUCAUGGAGAAAGCUAACGAAUGGUCUCAAGUUAUCUUUGCUUUAAGCUGUAUCGACGUGCUUAGAUCUUUUGCCAUUACUGCAAACUUCUCAUGCAUGCCCAUGUCUAGGCCCGUUAUAGUAUCAAGGUCAAACUCAUCGGGUUUUAGUCAACGCUCCGCGGGGCCCACCCUUCAUAUGAGGGGAUUAUGGCAUCCCUAUGCGCUUGGAGAGAGUGGUGGAACGCCGGUUCCUAAUGACUUGUGUCUUGGAGAUAAUGAAUUUGGAUAUAGUCCUCGUACUUUGCUGUUGACUGGACCGAAUAUGGGCGGAAAGUCAACUCUUCUUCGUGCUACUUGUUUAGCUGUUAUUCUUGCUCAGUUGGGCUGCUAUGUACCUUGUGAAACGUGUGUUCUGUCACCUGUGGAUAUUAUUUUCACACGUCUUGGUGCUACUGAUCGUAUAAUGACCGGUGAAAGUACCUUUCUCAUCGAAUGUACAGAGACAGCAUCAGUUUUGCAAAACGCAUCUCAAGAUUCUCUUGUUAUUCUUGAUGAACUGGGCCGAGGAACAAGCACUUUCGAUGGAUAUGCUAUCGCUUAUGCUGUGUUUCGUCAUCUUGUCGAUAAAGUGAACUGCCGAUUACUAUUCGCAACACAUUACCAUCCGCUCACAAAAGAAUUCGCCACCCACCCACACGUUACAUUACAACACAUGGCAUGCACAUUCAAACCCGUAUCCGAUAACUCAUCAUCAACCGACCAACGGUUAGUUUUUCUUUACCGCUUAGCUGCUGGUGCUUGCCCAAAAAGCUACGGUAUGCAAGUGGCGUUGAUGGCGGGAAUCCCAAAAAAGGUGGUGGAAGCCGCCACAAAGGCGGCGGAAGUUAUGAAAACGAAGAUUGGAGUGAGUUUCCGGUCAAGUGAACGGCGGGCGGAGUUUUCGACUUUGCAUGAAGAUUGGUUGAAAACUAUAUUAACUGUUUCGAAAGCUGAUGAAGAUGGUGAUGAUGAUGAUGUGUUUGAUACAUUGUUUUGUUUGUGGCAUGAGCUUAAAUGCUCAAAUCAAAAGCUCUGAGGCAAGUAAAUAGUCAAUUCUAGUCAAAGUUAUGUUACAAGCAAAUAGUCUCAUGAGUUGACUUGCUAUUUUGAGAUAUUUUGUUUAUAAUGAGAAGUUAUAAUUACUUAUUAUUGUAGUAA